AUUAAACGACAUUUUCAAAGAAAAAUUAAAAACUUCCGAUAGUUUUUGAUGCCUCAAGCUGUCAGUGUCCUUUUAUAAUGACUAACUAUGAAUUGUAGUUAAUACAUUUACUUUCAAAAUCCCAAUCUACUUUUACAAUAACUCUCUCUAAAUUCCAGUUCACCUAUUUCUAUGCAAACUCCCAGUGUCCUUCUAGAAAAACAAAUUCAGUGAUGCUUUUAAAGCAAGUAAAAUUGUAGAUAAUAUUGCUUGAACAAUUUCUUUAUAACUGAGUAAUAGUCUUAAGAUUUGAAAAAUGUUUUCUUUCUUCCAUAAAACAGUGGGAAAUAUUAGUCUGAUUCAUAGAUUGAUCAAAAAUAUGAAAAGAAAUUUUUCUGUUUUCUCCCAAACCGCUGACUUCAUGAAUGCACCAGUUUAAACGAUCCACCCUGUCUUUUGCUCCCUGGUUCCUUCUUCCCCAGGAAGUGUAACCCUCAGAAACCUGACUCUGAAGACUACUCUGCCUUCCCCCUGCCAUGGGGCUGUUCAAUGUCACCCACCCUGCCUUCUUCCUCCUGACCGGGAUCCCUGGUCUGGAGAGCUCUCAGAUCUGGCUCGCAGGACCCCUGUGUGUGAUGUACGCUGUGGCUCUAGGGGGAAACGCGGUGAUCCUGCAAGCUGUGCGAGUGGAGCCCAGCCUGCACGAACCCAUGUACGUCUUCCUGUCCAUGCUGUCCGGCAGCGACGUGGCCAUGGCCCUGGCCACACUGCCCACUGUGCUCAGAACCUUCUGCCUCAAUGCCCGCACCAUCGACUUUGAUGCCUGCCUCAUCCAGAUGUUCCUCAUUCAUUCCUUCUCCAUGAUGGAGUCAGGCAUUCUGCUGGCCAUGAGCUUCGACCGCUACGUGGCCAUCUGUGAUCCCUUGCGCUAUGCCGCUGUGCUCACCAGUGAGGUCAUUGCUGGGCUGGGUUUAGCAGUGACAGCUCGGAGCUUCAUCACCCUCGUUCCUCUUCCCUUCCUCUUCAAGAGGCUGCCUAUCUGUAGAUCCAAUGUUCUUUCUCACUCCUACUGCCUCCACCCGGACAUGAUGAAGCUGGCCUGUGCUGAUAUCGCUAUUAACAGCAUCUACGGACUCUUUGUUCUUGUGUCCACCUUUGGCAUGGACCUGUUAUGUAUCGUCCUCUCCUACGUGCUCAUUCUGCGCUCGGUCAUGGCCAUUGCUUCUCGUGAGGAACGCCUCAGAGCCCUCAACACGUGUGUGUCACACAUCUUGGCUGUCCUUGCAUUUUACGUUCCCAUGAUCGGGGUGUCCGUGGUGCACCGCUUCGGGAAGCACGCCCCACGCUACGUGCACAUCCUUCUGUCUAAUGUCUACCUCUUUGUGCCUCCUGUGCUCAACCCUCUCAUCUACAGCGCCAAGACAAAGGAGAUCCGCAGAGCUAUCGCCCGCAUGUCUCACCGCAUCACAAUGUGACUUCCAGGUUGGGCUUUAUAAUCUGGUGUUUACUGCAGUCGUAGACUGUCAUCUAUGGUGUCAGCAUCAUCCUUGUCAAUGUCGUCAUCCUAAUUGUCGUCAUCAUCAUAUCAUCAUAGAGAUUAGGAUAGAUUUGCUGGGGAAAAGGUAGCUGAUCAGGAACGGAGAUUCAAAACCGAGAGCACAGAACAAAUGAGUAACAAUACAUUCGGCAAACAUCAAUAGCAUUCAUAGAAAGAUAAAUGUUAGAGGCAAUUGAGUGAUUCAAAAAAACUUUAGAGGGGAAAAUUUAUCUAUGUUAGGGAUCACUUUUCAUAAUCAUAUAUGUUGUUAUUGUAAUGUCAAUGAGUAUAUUGGGUUCCUAAAACCAGGUUUGGUUCUAAAUUUUUUUGCGUGAAUUCAUUCAAUGUUCAUAACCUUCUUAUGAAGUACAGAGAAAAAAGGAGGUUGUUUGCAGGAACCCAUAUCAUAUAUGUGAUGCAGAAGGGACCCCGUUCAGGUCUGUCUUUAGGACUGGCACCCACCCGCUGUAACGUCGCCUCAGGUCUGUCUUUAGGACUGGCACCCACCCGCUGUAACGUUGCCUCAGGUCUGUCUUUAGGACUGGCACCCACCCGCUGUAACGUCGCCUCAGGUCUGUCUUUAGGACUGGUACCCACCCGCUGUAACGUCUGCCAUCUCGUCUAACUGCCAUCACGGCUAACAUUCCAACUGCUGCCUGGCCUUCGCCACCACUGUCAUUCUACAAUACGCGUGAGCUGUUCUAACUUCACAGAAUGAAAUCUGAUGUCCUGUCAGAACUUGUCGUGAGAUGUGUGGACAGACAGGACCCAAGAAAACCGAAAGCAGGUGACGUGCAGAAGCAGCUCCACAUUCCUCUCUGCUUCCCUUAGCUGCUCACCAUUCAGACCUCCUCCAAGGAAAAUAAUGUUUUAUAUUUAACCAUCGAUUCUUUUCAGCAUCCUCAGUAUAUGAUUUCUCUUUCUCGUUCCUUCUUGGGGUUUUCAUUUUCUCCCACAUGAUGAUAUAAAGUCAUCAGAAACUGUGCCCUUUGCGAAUUUCUAGCUCCAGAAAGGCUGGGGAUAGGCAGACUAGAACGCUUGUGACUUAUGCACUGGAAAAUCAUUACUGGGAUUUAAGCUGAUCUUUUGUGCACACCUUCUCCUUGAUAGCGGGGAGAUGGAGUAUGAGAGGAAACCCCCGGCUUCAUUUUUGUGCUCAUAGCCGAAGCUGGACACACUUCUGGACUAAAUGAAAGGCAGUGUCCUUUGGAGACUAACCUCCUCACCAGGGACUCCUGACCAGACCCGUCUCAGCUGCAGAUCACAUGGUUAUCUCGAGUUUUUCUCUCUGUACAAAGCUCUAGUGCUGAAUUGUCAGGUGCCGG